AAAAACUUUGCUUUUAUUGAUACAGAAAAUUUUUAAAAAGUUAUAUUAAAUCCAUAAAUUGUAGUGUUUUGAGCCAUAAAAGUCAUUAAAAUCUACAGAUAGACGAAAACAUUAUCAAUUUAAUGAUACAGGCAAAGUUUUUGAAAAUCUUGAAUCAUGGAUGAACCUCAAAUAACAAAUACUAUGGACGUAAGUGACACAGAAAAGACUAGUUUUGAUGAUGUUUUGAACGAUGCUUCAGUAUCUAAUGAAAAUGUGAAGCAAAUGGAAGUAGACGAGACGGAAUGUUGUCCAAGUACAUCUAAUGCUCCAGAGACAUUUAAUGAGGCGAGUGAAAAACUAGAGGAACCAGUGGAAUCGAAUGAACAGCCAGAAAUCGAAGAAGCCGGUUGUGAAAUUGACAAUCUAAAUGUAGAAAAUCCAGAAGAUGAAAGUACAAUGCAAACAGAUCAAGAUCCACCACUAGAUCAAAGUAAUUUUGACGAGACAUUUCAAAGUAAACAAAAUGAAUCAGAAGAUUAUACUGAAAAAUCUAUCAACAUUUCUCAAAUAAGUGUCGAUCAAAAUGACGAUAGUAAUGAUGCUUUUGAUGCACUAAAACUUUCCGAAAGUAAUGUCCUCGAACACACAAAAGACCCAAUUGAGGACGAAAAUGAGCCUGAAAAUGUAAGCAGUGAAAAUAUUGAAAAUGAGCCAGAAAAUGUAGGCAGUGAAAGUAAUGAAAAUGAGCCAGAAAUCGAAAAUGUAGACAAUUCAAAUAUCGAGAAAGAAAAGGAACAGACUGAAACGCCUGCACCAAAUUUGGAAAAUCCAGAAAAUGAAGAGGAUGAUGACGAUGAUUUUAGAAGUGCUGGUGAGGUAGAACAAGAACAAAUUGAUCAGGACCUCGAAAGUGGCUCAAAAGAUCAAGAAACUGCUAUGGAAACUGAUCAGCAAGUUCCAGACAGUGAAGAAAAUUUAGAUCAGCUCGAUCAAAAUGAAGUAUCUGAAACAAUUGACGAACAAACUGAAAUGACUGAAGAAUCUCAAAGUGUAGAUACAGGAACAGAAAUGACUAGUGGAGAAUUAGGUGAUGAUAGCGAAAUUACUGAAAGUUCUGAACGAGUAGAGGAGCCAGAAGAAGAAGAGACAACAGAGACAACGAACGAAGGAGAAGGUGUUGACGAGAACGUCUGUUUGUUUGGUGAUGCUGAAAGAGAAUUGACAGAUGCAGAUAAAGAACGUGUCGUUCAGCCACAAGAAACAUCAGAAGAAGAAGAAUUGGAAUCAAUUGUUGGUGAAAAAGAAGUCACUGAACAAGAGCCUACAACCGAAGAAACAAUGGAAAUAGAUACACAGGAACCGCAAGACGAGGAAGAAAUGGAACCAGAAGAAAUUGUCGAUCCUGAACCUGAAGAGAUUGAAGAGGAAAUUGUCGAUCAAUCUGUGCCAUUAAAUGAAAAUGAAAUUCGUGAAGUUGUCGGAGAGUUAACUGACGAAACAUGCUUAAAUUGUGAAAAUAAUGUACAGUGUCAAUAUAGAUUAUUAGAGGAUACGGGUGAAAUUAAAUAUUUGUGUUCAUUUAAUUGCGUUAAGGAACAUCGCGAAGAUAAUCCCGAUAAGUAUUCAUUAACACAAAAGAAAGUUUACAUUUAUGAGAUUCCUACUGCUGAUUUUCUCUGUUCAAAAUGUAAUGAAACAAAAUCCUGCAAAUAUCAUUAUCGUGUUACUAUCGUAUCAAAUGUUUCUAAGGAGCCUCAGAUAACACCACCUCCACCACCAGCAGAAGGCGAAGAGGAACGAGCAGAGGAUAUACCUCAACCAGUGAUUGAAACUGUACAAAGUACAGAAGAUAAAUAUUUGUGUGAUGAUAAAUGUCUUCAGGAGUUUAUUGGAGAUAAUACAGAAAAGUAUAUUGUGAAAGAAGUACAACGACGAUCAACUCGAGUUAGAGAAGCACGCAAACGUGCACCAGUACAAGAUGAACCAGAAAUUCCAAAAAUUGUCGCUCGAUCAGAUGCAGAAGUCGAAGCAGCACGUAUAGAUCGCGAUGAAUCGUUUAUUCGUCGAUGUAAUCAAUGUUUCCAUGUCGUUAAUUUCACGGCUAAAACAAUUCAAUGGGAGACGCUCGAUUUUUGUAAUGAAAAAUGCUUGGGUCUUUAUCAGAAUCUUAUUGGAGCAUCUUGUGUCACUUGUAAUGAAGCGGUUAAUUUAGCAAGUAUAGGAAAGCUUUGUGUACGUUUUGGAUUUGAUUUAAAGCAAUUUUGUAGUACAAAAUGUCUCGAUGACUUUAAGAAAACAAUCAAACAAUGCGCAUUGUGUCAGAAUAAUUUAAUUGAUGAAGAGAACGUUGUUAUAGCUCAAGUUGGCGAAAAGAGAAUUUAUCGAGAUUUCUGUAAUCAGCAGUGCUUAAAGAAAUAUGAGAAUAUUUUAAAUCCCAAGAAGAAACAAUCGCCAAAUGUAUGUUCUGUCUGUAACAACAAGAAAAUUGCAAAAAUUGAAGUCUUAAUAGACGAGAAUGUUCAUUGUUUCUGCUCGAGUCCAUGCUUCUCGGCUUUUAAAUUUGUCAACAAUGUUGUCCCAGACCAAUGUGACAUGUGCACAAAGUAUUUUGAACGCAAAUCCAACGAUUCAUUCACAAUCUAUCAAAUCACAGAAUCGAAAAUCUUUUGUAAUCGAGUUUGUAUGAAUAUGUUUAUAUGCAAAAGUCGUGAAAUUUGGCAAUGCAAUUGGUGUAAAGUUAGUAAAUACAACUAUGACAUGAUUCAAAUGAAUUUCGGAAAGAUUCGAAUGUGUUCACUCAACUGUUUAUCACUCCAUGAAGUAUCAUUAAAUGCAUUAACUCCGAAGCGUACGAAAUGUUCACAUUGCAAGCUUUUAAAACAACCACAAUAUCACUUGACUAUGUCCGACACCUCAAUUCGAAGUUUUUGUACUUAUCAAUGCGCCAUAGGAUUUCAAGGAAUGUUUAGUAAGAGCAAAUUGAGUGAAGAUGAUCCUACUGCUGUUGUUCCUGCAGGCACAGCCAAACGAAUCAAACCCUCAACUCAAGCAAUUGAAAUAGCAAAACAACAAGCAACCGUUCCAAUAAUUGCUAGAGUUCAAUCAUUAAGCACUGGAAGACGCGAACGUUCAAGAAUGUCAUUAUACAAUCCAGUAGGAAUGCGUUCUCGAUCACCAAUUCCAGUUCCUGAAUUGACUGUUCAGCUUGAAAGACUUUCAGAUUUGCCAUCGCGCGUAAAAAUAUCAUCACUUAAUGGUACAUCCAGUUGGACUCCAAUUCCCACAACAUCAAGAGCUGCAACACCGCCGACAAGAAUUGAACAUAAGACACAAGUUGUUACAAUUCCUGCUGCACCGACACAAGUUAGUAAUAAAUCAACAAUGUGCAAAGCAAUAUCAUUAAAUAAAGCAGUUAGUGCUGUUCCACAAACUGCAGAAGCCGAAUGUCAAACAGAUGAUUAUUUGGAACAAAAAUAUGUUAUUCCUGUUCCUAUACCAAUUUAUAUACCACAACCAAUGUAUAUGUACAACCUUCCUACUCCAAUACCUGUUCCGAUUCCUCUUCCAAUUCCCAUCCCCAUUUUUAUUCCAACAACAAGGAAUUCAUCACAAGGUAUUAUGAAAGAAAUCAAAAAGAUUCAAGACAAGAUGCCAACCGAUCCAUACGAAGCUGAAUUGUUAAUGAUGGCUGAAAUGGUCGCUGGAGAUCGUAAGAGGGAAGAGACAGAUUCAGACUCUGAUGAAAACGAAAUAGAAUAUGGCGAUGGAAUCGAAAAUAAUUUCAAUGAGGAUCUUGUUCAAAUGGCAUUUAAAAUGGCGUCUGGAAAUGAUUAUGACGAUCCACCUGUUGAUUUAGAAAAUGAGAUGACAGCAAAUACAAUUUCACAGAAUGCUGGCUAUGAUGACAUGGACCCACAAGCUUUACAUCAACAUCAAUUACUUUUAUUACAUCAUCAACGGGAAGCAGCAAUGCAAGCAAAUCGUGGACGUAAACGUAUGCCACCGGUAAAACAGAACAACACACGAAAUACGCCAAAUAAGAGAAUAAAACGUGAAAUGGAAUCAAUGCAACCCGAGAUCCCCCGUGAACCAGCUGAAAAACCUGAUGCCAAUAUGUGUUUGAAAUAUACUUUUGGUGUUAAUGCAUGGAAACAAUGGGUUGCGACUAAAAAUGCGGAUCUUGAAAAGUCAUCGAUUCGUCGUAGACCAAUUAAAUCUGAAAUUCUCCAACUUACUGCUGAUGAACUAAACUAUUCGUUAUGUAUGUUUGUUAAGGAAGUCAGAAAACCAAAUGGAAGUGAAUACGCACCUGAUACGAUUUACUACUUGGUACUUGGCAUCCAACAGUAUCUAUAUGAAAAUGGCAGGAUUGACAACAUUUUUACGGACAGAUAUUACGAACAAUUUACUGACUGUCUCGAUGAAGUUGCCAAGAAGUUUUCUGUUCUAUACAACGAUUCUCAGUACAUCGUCACUAGAGUUGAAGAGGAACAUUUAUGGGAAUGCAAACAACUUGGAGCUCAUUCUCCUCACGUUCUCUUAAGUACAUUAAUGUUCUUCAAUACAAAACAUUUCAAUUUGGUGACCGUUGAUGAGCACAUGGAGUUGUCAUUUUCACACAUCAUGAAGCACUGGAAAAGAAAUCCAAAUCAACCAGGUGCUGCAAAAAUGCCAGGGUCUCGAAACGUUUUACUUCGAUUCUAUCCACCGCAGUCGUCAUUAGAAGCCAACUCACGUAAGAAGAAAGUUUACGAGCAACAAGAGAAUGAAGAGAAUCCUUUACGCUGUCCCGUCAAACUGUACGAGUUCUACUUGUCCAAAUGUCCUGAAAGUGUCAAAACCCGCAACGAUGUUUUCUAUCUCCAACCAGAACGUUCAUGCGUCCCAGAUUCUCCUGUGUGGUAUUCUACGCAGCCAUUAAGCCGUGAUGCAUUAAGCAAAAUGUUACAUCGAGUCAAAAUGGUUAAGGAAAUCAAUAUUGCACUGCUUACAAGCUAAACUAGCUCUGAAUUAAAAAAUUUCUUCAUUAAUAUUAGUAUUAAGACAGUCAUAAAAAAAUUAAGAUGUUAAGGUUCAUUAGAUUUUAAUUGAUUAUAAAACUACAUUGAAAAGUAAAAAAAAAGUAAUUAAACAUUCAAAUGCACAACUUUAAUUGAUUAUCAUUUGGAAUAUGCGAAUUUGUAAAUAGAUUUCUACAGAAUUUUCUUUACCUCUAAUUUCAUACUAGACUACUUACUUAUACAUCUCAUCAGAAUUAAAUCAUAGAAAUAUUAAUGAUAAUGGUAUAGAAAAUGAUAAAUGUUUAUCAAUGACAGCUGAAAAUAAAGAAAGUAAUUCAAAAC